AUGCCGACCGUGGUGAAGACCACGUGCUGGACGGACAGCUCGAGUUUGAUGACGAAGAUGAAGUGGUUCAAGAACAAGGUGAGCAACUCGUACGGGAGUGGGAAGAAGCAGUGGAGCAUGGAGCUGGACGAGCUCUUGACUACGGAGCUCAACAAGAUGAAGGACAUAAGCCUCGACUGCCACCACAGGCCGAGUAGGACGAGGAACAGGUUCGCGUACGAGAGGGUGCCUAGCGACUGGACCAAGAUCCCGACCCUCGUCGAGGACAUGAACGUGGCUCUGAACGCGCCCCAGAACUGGUACACGAGCCUGAGGCACAACCCGGUCCUAGCCGUGUUCAUGUCCAACGUCUCGACCAUGAUCGAGGUGGCGAUGAGGCUCAAGACCAGGCCCAACAUCCAGCACGUGAUCGUGUGCGACUGCGUGAUGUCGGUCAAGCACAUGCUCCUGAUCAUGGUCGUGUUCCAGCUUCUGUUCAAGGACGAGAAUGAGAACGACAGCGUCUUCAUGCACCUGUGCGUGGACGAGAACCAGGAGAAGAUCGCGAGGAGGAGCCCGCUCAAGAACAAGCACGUGGUCAUGCACAGGGACAUGGCGUGGUACGCGGCCUUGGGUUUGGUCGAGACCAGGUACAGGAGUGUGUCCGUCACCAUGAUGAUGAACGAGGAGAUGUCCAUGGACAACAUCGAGAGCUUGUUCUCGACCGAGGACGUGUUCGUGUCCUUGACCAGCAGCAUGGACAAGAUCAACUACUCGAACGCGCUCAUGGACUUGGUCAGGAGCAGAAGCAUGGUGAGGGAGCUGGUCCCGGGCUCGAACCCAGACACGAACACGGUCAGGAUCUCGGACGCAAUCGUGAACCACAACGUGUCCGAAGGCAGGCUCGUGUACAGAGCCAGGAACGCGUACUCGAUCAUGCCCACCAACACGUGCACGAACAUGAUCAGACCCAUGAACCUGGACGGGAUGUGCUUCGACUGCAGGAUCGUGUACAUGGUGGCGAACGACAUCGUGCUGAAGACCUGCGGCCAGAACAAGGACCAGCCCGAGUACGCCGGCGAGGAGUGGAGCCGGAGCUUCGCUAGGACCAUCACCAAGGACACCAUGUCCAUCUCCAACAACGUCAUCGCGUCCCUCAAGGCGGUCUCGAAUGUGCCUGUGUUCGUGGGCCAGAGGGAGUCUGUGAACGACGAGUCGAUUCUGAUCAGCUCCGUGAAGUUGAACGAGCUCACGGCUAUGUACAGCGACCUGUACGCGUUCACGUACUCGACCUGGCGCCACCUCCCGGACGCCCCCGACUGCGAGAGGACGUUCGUGAUCAUGUGGAUGAUCUCGGCCGAGAACUACGACAUCAACCACUUCACCAUCAAGUGGCCGGAGGCGAGCUCGAACACGUUCGUGCACCUGUGGUCAAUCGUCGACAGGCUCAGGACCUUGCUCGAGUCCAACAACGCGGACUGGCUCGUGGGCGCGAGGAACCCCGUGGGCUACUCCGAGACCAUGAACAUGCCCGGAGCCGCGGACCAGCACUUGUACCCGAGUGAGAGCAUAAUCGCGCCUCACGUCGAGGUUUUCAGCUCGAACAUGGCCAGGAUGCAGCCCAAGACCAUAAAGAGGAGCUACGACUCGAACUUCUUCUUCACCUUGUCCUUGACCAUGUCCAGGCCCAAGCGCGUAAUCGACCCCAGCCAGAUGGCCAUGCGCAACGACGAAAUGCUGUCGGCGGCUGCGAACAGGAACAGGAAGUAG